UUCCACCAUCUUCCACUUCCUCACAAAGAACAUUUCCCACACAAAAAAAUGGCACCAAUAAAAGAUCUCAUAUCCAAGUUCUCAGAUUUCAAGAACAACAAGAAACUUAUUAUCUCCUCCGCCGUCUUAGCAUUGGUGUUAUUUUCCGCCGUCGUUGGAGUCGCCGUCACAAAAUCAAACCAAAGCAAAAACCAAAGAAUCCCAACGCUAUCUCCAACAUCACACGCCGUUUUGAAAUCCGCUUGCAGCUCAACUCUUUACCCGGAGCUCUGUUUCUCCGCCGUGGCAGCCACCGGGAGGAAGUUGACGUCAGAUAAGGACGUCAUCGAAGCGUCGCUGAACCUAACCACAAACGCCGUGAAACACAAUUACUUUGCCGUCAGGAAGCUUAUCACUAAAAGAAAGGGCUUGACGGCGCGUGAGGUAACAGCGCUUCAUGACUGUUUGGAGACUAUUGAUGAGACGUUAGAUGAGCUUCACGUGGCGGUGGAGGAUCUUCAUCAGUAUCCUAAAGGAAAAUCUCUGAGGAAACAUGCUGAUGAUCUGAAAACCCUAAUUAGCUCAUCCAUUACUAACCAAGGAACUUGCCUUGAAGGCUUCUCCUACGACAAAGCAGAUCGGAAAGUUCGCAAGGCCUUAUUGAAGGGGCAGGUACACGUGGAGCACAUGUGUAGUAACGCAUUAGCAAUGAUCAAGAACAUGACAGAAACCGACAUAGCCAACUUCGAGCUAAAAGACAAGUCCAGCUCCACCAACAACCGCAAACUCAAGGAGCUUACAGGCGACUUAGACGGAGAAGGCUGGCCAAACUGGUUAUCCAUCGGAGACAGAAGACUUCUUCAAGAGUCAACGGGGGUGAAUGCAGACGCCACAGUGGCGGCUGAUGGAAGCGGUGAUUUUACGACGGUUGUGGCGGCUGUAGAAGCUGCGCCGGAGAAGAGUAACAAAAGGUAUGUGAUACAUAUAAAAGCAGGAGUUUACAGAGAGAAUGUGGAAGUGUCCAAGAAGAAGAAGAAUAUAAUGUUUUUGGGAGAUGGUCGAGGAAAGACUAUUAUCACCGGAAAGAGAAACGUCGUUGACGGAAGCACCACUUUCCACUCAGCUACCGUUGCUGCUGUCGGUGAAAGAUUCUUAGCGCGUGACAUCACAUUCCAAAACACGGCGGGUCCGUCAAAACAUCAGGCGGUGGCUCUUCGGGUCGGAUCAGACUUCUCCGCUUUCUACAACUGUGACAUGUUAGCAUAUCAAGACACACUCUACGUCCAUUCUAACCGUCAAUUCUUCGUCAAAUGUCACAUAGCCGGGACCGUUGACUUUAUCUUCGGAAAUGCAGCCGCGGUUUUACAAAACUGUGUUAUAAACGCACGCCGACCAAACUCCAACCAGAAAAACAUGGUCACGGCUCAAGGCCGGUCGGACCCAAACCAGAACACUGGAAUUGUGAUUCAGAACUGUAAGAUUGGUGCUACGUCAGAUCUUCUGGCUGUGAAAGGAAGUUUUUCGACGUAUCUUGGUCGUCCUUGGAAACAAUAUUCAAGAACGGUGAUAAUGCAGUCGGAUAUCUCCGACGUGAUCCGACCCGAAGGAUGGCUUGAGUGGAGCGGAGAUUUUGCGUUGGAUACUUUAACUUAUAGAGAGUAUUUGAACAGAGGAGCAGGGGCUGGAACUGCAAAUAGAGUAAAGUGGAAGGGCUAUGAGGUGAUUACGAAUGUUACAGAAGCUCAGCAGUAUACGGCUGGUCAGUUUAUUGGUGGUGAAGGCUGGUUAGGUUCGACAGGUUUCCCUUUCUCGCUAAGUCUUUGAUAUUUUUAUUAUUUGAAUUAUUAAUUUAUCUUCCAUUAUUAAUCAAUAAAGUAUGAAUUUGAUAAAAUUAUAAUGUUACUCUUAUGAGGUUAAGCCA